AAACUUUCUGCGAUUAGAUCCGUUCACUAUGAUCGCACGCGCAUCUCGUACGUGCUAGACGACCGCAUGGAAAUACGCGACACUGUAUGAAUCCGUUGAUACCUCUAGAAUCGUUUCGAAAGUUGUAGGAUUCCGUUUCGCGGGUGCAGUGGCGCGCUCGGGCGUUUAUUUUGGCUUGGACUUACAACGCGUGUACUUUUCGGGUUCGGCUGAAAAAUCGUAUCUACCAGCCGAACAAGAUCGCGUGUACCAUACUAUUGUAAUUGACGAUUUGCGAGGAAAACGUUUAAAGUAUUUUAUGUUUAAAAUCAAACUUCCUGGAUGAAAGAACAAUAACGUUUCCAAGAACACAAGACAAGGACAUACGAGUAUAUACUAUUUAUAUUAACAAUUGGUAAACAAAAAGUCGCGUAUUGUUGUCGACUACUAAUUAUUUGAAAAAUCCCGUCGUUGGCUACAUUAAUAUUGUAAUGAUUUUUAAUACUUAUCGAUUCGUUGUCAUGUGCGUGAAUGUUAUUCUAUAAAUAAUACAUUUAUUACGUUACAUUUAUAUACGAUAAUCUCGUGCAUUACAUUUACGUUCAUGAUGUUUUCGAAAAGUUCACUGUUUAAUGUGGUGAAAAGUACAAUUGGAAGCAGACGUAACUUAUGGCAAUGGGUCGCAAACUCAUUUAACCAGUUUGACGAAGAACGUGCAAAUGAAAUUGGUCCUAAUUUGGCAUGCGCUGAAUGGCUAAUGAAAAAUGGUGCCAAAGUGCGUUGUAGGGGCUGUAAAGAAUUCGUAAGCCAUUACAAUUGUUUACCUACUGGAUAUGAUUUUCAUCGCCAGUUCAAAAUCGAGCAAGUUUAUGCUGGAGAAGAAGCAUCUAUAUCACAUAUUGGAUUUGCUCACUUUAAAGACUGCAAUAAUAUUUCGGAUGUAUCAUUUGUUCGAUGUAGUACAAUUAACGAUGAGGCAAUACAAAAGCUUCAGAUAUUAAAAGAUAGUUUAAAAUGUUUAGAAAUUGAUGGUUGUGAAAAUGUUACUAAAGAAGGAAUAAUAGAAUUAGAACAUCUUCAGGCAUUGAAAAAUUUAGAAUUAAAGAAUAUACGAUUAGAAAACGAAAUUAAAAUAAUUAAUCAUCUGAAAUCAAAGCUGCAGAACUGCAAUAUUGUAUACAAUGGCGAAAGUUAA